AUCACUCGAUCUGAACAGAUUUUAAAUAAUUGAACGACUCGAUCUAGAAUAACUUAGACUUAGACUAGACGUCUUAGAAAUAUAGAUCUAUAAUCUAUAUAGAUCUAGAUCUAUAGAUUAUAGAUCUAGAUCUAUAAACAAUUAAACAUGGAUAUGAUGGAUAUUUCUCGAUCUUGGAACUUUUUAGAAAAUAUUUUAACCGCUAGUUCGAUUCUUCCAGAAAUCAAAUGGAGACAAGUUGCGAUUACUCCAGAACUGAAAGAAGCAGUCCUAUUUUUAAAAAACCCUGGCAUGAAUACCUUGCUGGAGGAAUGGUUGAUUGAAACAAUAUUUCAGGAUCUCAGUAAGAGAGUCAGUUCAACUUUUUGGAAGUUGUGUUCCAAGUCUGAUAACAAAACUGAUGCUGAUGUGCUUUUUGAAGCGUUUGGAUUUCUAUAUGGUGUGUUUAAAGACUAUUACUUGGUUUCCCUACUAAGAUUGCAAUGGUUACAAAGUCUUUCCUUGCUGGCUCCUGUGUCUGGCCAAUCAGCAUUAGCUUCAGCAUUCACUCCUGUGAAAGGGAACUACACUUUCCCUAAAGGUGUGCGCUUUGGGAAUCUAGAUAAACAGAAAUCUCUGACCUCUUCAUUGGUGGGGCUCAAGUCUGACCGCACUAGCAAGAUAGAGACAGGUCAUCUGAGUGUCACCUUCGAAAAAGGUACCAAGGGGGAGGAGAUGGAGUUAGAGUCCAGGGAUGAUGGUGAAGAUGCAAGUAUUAUCCAAACAAAACUCUGUGCCGCUGCCAAUGAUAAGAAGCUUAGCACGUCAAUGGUAGUUUCAUAUUGUGAAGACAGCAGUAUUUUAGGUGACUCUAUGCAGGAUACAACUCAAGGUUCAUUAAAUCCAGCUUUAAAUUUUUCUAACAGCCGGAUCAGCAAUAUCAUAGAAGAGGAGGAAGAAGAAUCAUUUAUACGCUCUCCAAUUGGUGGUAGUAAGAAACUGUAUGCCUCACAUGUAAACAGUAGAAAGGAUCUCCAUCUCCUCUGUAUGGCCAAGACAACACCCGUCACCGACAUCCGAACACAUUCAGACCGAGUCGCAGUUCAUCUCCCCAGCAUCACAUCCACCCCCGGAGAAAUAUUAACUCAAACGCCUGGCAACAUCACACCUAUCUCUUUUCAAUGCACGCCAGAAGAACAGUUGAAAGGUCAAUUGCUCCAGGGAAUGUCCAUAAGCGUAGACCCGGUAACUUCAUUAGUUACCGGAGUAUGUGAGGUGCUACCAGACGCCUCUGAAGUGUUCGGUAUUUGUCUAACUAACAGACCAAGUCAGUGGCAGGCUAAUGAUAGAACAAAGCUUUUUUUUGCUACUCAAGCCAGAGUUCAACUUAUGAUCAAAUCUGUUUUGUUCUACACAUUCCCACAACACUUUAGAAAUGUUGUGAAAAACUUCUAUUCUGAGGCUUUUGACAUUCACCGAAAUCAAACUGAUGAAUCAGGUUCUCUUGCAGAUGUGGAAGAAAGUCAGAAAAAAUUUGAUGAUAUCAACAAAAAAUUGGAUGAGCUAGGUCUAAUGGAACUCAUAUCUGGGUCAGCAGUGACAGACAUCGUCCACUGCCAGAUUGAGAAACACAUUGAGGACAGCUGUAAAGGAAACUUUGAUACGUCACACAUUGCUGACUUGGAAGAGUGGUUGGAUCAGCAUGUUUUGGGUUGGUUGAAUCACAUCUACGCCUGCAAGCAGACGGCAUCCCAGCUGGCCAGUGUGGUUGCAUUCCGAGACAGACUACGCCACUUCAUCUAUGAAACGUAUGCCAAAUCUUUGAUUGGCCAGUUUUUUGAUAUUAUCAUUGACUACCCCGACUCCAAGCCUGCUAUUCAAGAUCUCACAGCAUGUUUGGAGAAGACAGAUUUGAGGUCUGAGCUCGUGUGCACACUGAAACAUGCAUUGGAGAAUAGACUUUUACAUCCUGGUGUGAACACAGCAGAUAUACUGACAGCUUAUAUAGCAGCCAUCAAGUCUCUGAGACUCUUAGAACCAGCUGGAGUAAUCCUUGAACUGGUUUGUGAACCUGUUGGCAGAUAUUUGAGGUCAAGAGAAGACACUGUGCGCUGUAUUGUGGCCAGCUUGACCGAUGAAGGUCACAAUGAACUCAUUAGCGAGCUGGUCAACACCAAACCAGUUGGGGAAGAGAACCAGCAAGAAGAUGGCAACAUGGUGGGCUGGGAGAGCUGGACACCGGACCCAGUAGAUGCUGACCCAUCCACUGUGUCCAAAAAUAGAAGAUCGGCUGACAUACUAUCCACUCUGGUCAACAUCUACGGCAGCAAGGAGCUAUUUGUUAAUGAGUACAGGGCCCUGCUCGCAGACCGUAUUCUGAUGCAGUACAACUAUGAUGUUGAGAGAGAGCUGCGGUAUCUGGAACUACUCAAGCUAAGGUUUGGUGAGGCACAGCUACAUUUCUGCGAAGUCAUGUUGAGAGAUGUGACAGAGUCUCGACGUGUGAAUGCCAGAAUUCAAGAUGCCAGGAAAAACACAGAAAAACAUGAAGAUAUAGAAAUGAAUGCCAUGAUCCUGUCUGCCCAAUUCUGGCCAGCCUUCAGAGAUGAAAAGAUCACACUUCCACUCGAGCUGCAACAACAUCUGGAUAAAUAUACCAAGGCUUUUGAAAUGCAGAAACAAAACAGGACGUUGCUAUGGAAACCACAUCUAGGUUUAAUGAAUAUUGAAAUUGAACUGAAGGAAGAAACAUUAAACUUUUCUGUGUCUCCCGUCCAAGCGGCCAUAAUUAUGAAGUUCCAAAACAAAACCAAGUGGAGUGUGGAUGAGCUCAGUUCUGAAUUAGAGAUGACAGCAUCUGUACUGCGACGCAAAAUUGCAUUUUGGCAAGGCCAAGGAUUGCUCAGAGAGGUUCACCCCGAUGUGUAUCAACUGGUUGAGGAGAAGCGAGGUCGACCCAACGACUUAAUCAUGAUUGACGAAGAGGAAAUAGAAUCAGCCAUGGCAUCGGCUCAGCAGCAAAAAGAAGAGGAGAUGCAGGUUUUCUGGACUUAUAUUCAGGGAAUGUUGGCCAAUUUAGAUUGUUUAACGUUAGAAAGAAUACACUCAAUGCUACGAAUGUUUGCCAUGGAGGAGCCAAGCUCUUCCGAAAUAACACAACAGGAACUCAAAACUUUUCUUGAUAACAAGGUCAAAGAUCAAGUUUUGAUAUUCUCUGGCGGAGUUUAUAGACUUAAUAAGUAGACACUCGCAGCAUUAUUUUUAUAAUAUAUUGUGGCAUUUGAAUUAUUGUUAAUUGUACAAAUGUUAAAUUAAACCAAUUGUAUAUAAAAAAACAUCUUUAAGUUUGAUUCAUUCAGUACAGUGAAUCUUGUUGACAAUACAUAUUAAAGGUACCCGUACUGAAGGGGAGGCUUGCAUUAUGUAAUCUGAUGCACAGGCUAAAGAAAUGACAGUAAUACAUCUUUUAUCUGAUAAAAAAAAAAUGUUAAAAAUAUAUUGAGCCAAUGUGUAAACAUUACUCUAAUAAACAUGAAAAACAAUAAAAACUAAAUAUGUAAGCAGCUUAACUAUGACUCCUUCUGUCUCUUAUAGACAUUAGAUGGGCUCAGAUGAAUCACCGAUUAAAGUUGUUUUGCUGGAU